AUGGACAAAAGCCUGGGCACCAUUUCGGUUCAAGCACAAAACGAUAUGAAGAACCUCGCAGAUGACCCUGCUCAAAUGAACAACCCAAUAUCCAAGGAGGAAUGGGCGUCGACACUUUUUGGCCAACGUGGGAUUUUGUCGGGUAUUUUUCAAAUGCUCGAUCAACAAAAGAAAAUUGGUCAAUCUCCACUGAAUGAUCCAGCAGCGGAUUCUUCUUCAGGGAAAAUUAAUAGUAACUCAUUUGACUUCAAGCGGAUAGUUGACGCACUUUUCAAGGGACCAGAUAGUGACACGUUUGGAGAUCCCGGACCGGAGCUUCCCGAGACGCCCUGUGGGAAGUUUCUCGAUGAUAUCUCGAUCAUUUGCUAUUACUUCCCUGACGUAAUGAGUAUAUUACCAAGUAUCCAAGUACUAAGUAUACUACCAAUCGAAACAAAGGAGAAGAAUUCUAAGCUGACACCCGAAGAUGGGGACUUUGGCAUCGAAUUCAAGGAUGGUGAAGAAUCUCUCCCAGACGUGGACUUCUCCACAGAUGGUAAACCUGGAAUACCAUCAGAGGACUACUAUGAGCAGCUAAAUCUGUCAGCCGUCAGUCGCUACACCGCUAUCCUGUUGGGAGUGCGCUUCGUUGCGCGUGUCCUUCGAAACUAG